AUGGAUAUUUGCACUGUGCUGUAUUUCGUUGGAGCUCUUCUCGUUCUGUUUUUUGUGUGGUAUAAGUUCGCUGACGCCGACUUUAGUUUGCUGUUACUGGUGAAAUUUGGACGCGGUGUAGAGUCCCUACAAGGCAAGGUGAUCUGGAUCACCGGUGCGUCCAGUGGAAUUGGAGAACACUUGGCCUACACCCUGGCCAAAGUAGGGGUAGACCUUGCCCUGUCAGGAACCAACGUCAAGAACCUCACUUCAGUUCAGGAGAAAUGUCUGGAAAUUGGCAAGAAGAAAGGAACCCGGGUUCUUCUGGUACCGUUCAACGUGCGUGAUUUCUCAAUUCACGAACAGCAGCUAUCAAAAGUUACCGACUUCUUCGGAAAAGUUGACGUGCUGGUGAACAACGCGGGACUCUGCCGAAAUGGAAUGUUCGAGAGUGAUUCAUCUCAAGAGUUCGAGAGGGAUCUUUUCGACGUGAACGUGUUCGGCCCGGUAUCUCUCGCUCGACUGGUCGUGCGGCACUUCAAGCAGCGGCAGCAUCGGGGCCAAGUGGUCGUCACCAGCAGCAUGGCGGGAAGGACAGGUAUCAUCAAUGCGUCGGCAUACUGUGCCUCUAAACAUGCCGUGCAUGGUUAUUUCCAGACGCUCGCCUUGGAGGGAAGCCUUUCGGUGUACGGCCCUGACGUGACCAUUGCCUGCCCAGGUCCGGUCGAAACUCGCAUGUGGGCAGCUACCCCAAAAAAGUUUCAACUCGAAGCAAUGUCCACUUCCCGCUGCGCCCAGCUGAUAGCCAUAGCGAUGGCGAAUAAAGUUGGCGAGACUUGGAUAAUUGCCAACCCGCUGCUCCUUCUUAUGUACACUCCCCGUGUAUUGAGAAGGUGGGCUUACAAACUUCUUCCAAGGAACAAGGCACGAAAGAACGAAGAAUAGAUAAUUCGUGGCCGAAGAGAACCAUGCUUAAAUUCCGAAGCUCGACAAGAUACGGCGUACCAGAAAAUCAAGG